GUAGUGGGUACGUGUAAUUUUAGGGGAAAAUGGCAGAGAGGAAAAAUAACAAUGUUCCCAAUACAAGUGCAAAUUUAUUGUUCAGCGCUGCUCCGGAAUUUAACUUCAAUGUGCCUUUCAUGCCGGUGAGUCGGGCCUCUGGUCCGGCGGUGCUGUCAGGAGAUGACUCCACUGAUGUUGGAGAGGAAGACAGCUUUCUGGGUCAGACCUCUGGGAACGGACCAGCCCCCUCUACAUUCAACUACUUCUCCAGCCCAGUAACCAGCAGUGAUCCAUUCGCUGCCAUCGGCCAGUCGCCAUGCCCUCCACCAGCACUCUCAGCAGCUCCUACGACAACAGGCAUGGCGUCUGUUCCCAGCAGCGUCGGCAUGGCUCCACCGCCAACGCUUCCAAGCUCCCAAAUGAACCCAGCUACUCCGGUAUUUGGCAGUGCAGUUUAUCAGAGCCCUAUGGGGCGUCACACUCCUCCCCCAAGCUCAAUGACCCCGCCGCCUCCUCAGAUGCAGCAACAGAGUCAUAACCCGUACCGACACACCCCCACCAGCAGCAGAGCCAGUCCUUAUAUCCCAGCUCCAGAGGUCCUGCCACCGACCCACACACCUCAGCAGAAUCCCUACUCCCUCACCUCUGCGCCACAAACAUUCCCGCCGUCAGGACCCACAUUCACAAGGCCUCCACCCACACAGAUUCAGGGACCUCCACUGCCACCCACCACUGCUGGAGCAGUAGUCCCCGCUGGUCCCAUGAUGCCGUACAACUAUAAUGUUUAUGAGCAGGUUCAGCCGCACUGGUUCUACUGCAAGAUAGUAGAAGCAAAGAGUGUCUGGCUUCCUUUCAGCAUUAUCGACUCCCUUCAGCUAGAGGAGACGUUCAACUCAGUUCAACCAGACCCAGAAAAUGUGAUCGUGCGCACAGACGGAGGACGUUACGACGUGCAGCUCUACGACCGCAUGCGGAGUGCUGUUUACUGGGAGGAGGAGAACACGGAGGUCCGACGCUGCUCCUGGUUCUACAAAGGGGAUACGGAUAGCCGCUUUAUCCCUUACUCUGAAGACUUUAGUGACAAGCUGGAGGCAGAAUAUAAGAAAGCUGUAUCUACCAACCAGUGGCACCGCAGACUGGAGUUCCCAUCAGGAGAAACCAUUGUCAUGCACAAUCCAAAGGUGAUUGUGCAGUUUCAGCCCUCCUCCAUACCAGACGAGUGGGGCACAACUCAGGAUGGACAGACCAGGCCCAGAGUGGUCAAGAGAGGGAUUGAUGAUGACCACGAUGAAGUGCCUGAUGGUGAGCUCCCCAAGGUGGAUCAUCUCGUGUUCAUGGUUCAUGGAAUCGGUCCCGUGUGUGACCUGAGGUUCAGGAGCAUGGUCGAGUGCGUGGAUGACUUCCGUAGCGUGUCGCUGAAGCUGCUGCAGAGUCACUUUAAGAAAUCCAUGGAUGAUCACGCCAUCAGCCGGGUGGAGUUCCUGCCUGUCCAGUGGCACACGGCUCUACAUGGAGACGCCACAGGGGUGGACAGGAGGAUAAAGAAGAUUACCUUGCCCAGCACUGGACGCUUACGUCACUUUACAAAUGAAACUUUGUUAGACGUGCUCUUCUACAACAGUCCAACUUACUGCCAGACCAUCAUGGACACAGUUGCCCUAGAAAUUAACCGACUUUAUGCCCUGUUCAUGACGAGGAACCCAGACUACGCAGGAGGCAUAUCGGUGUCUGGACACAGCUUAGGUUCCCUUAUUCUCUUUGACCUGCUGUCAAAUCAAAAGAAUGGCUCUCCUGCACUUGUCACACCAAUCAUUCCCACUGCCAAUGGAGACACUAAGCAGGUGACAGCCCCCGUUCCACAAGCCGUAAUACCUCCAGCUGUGGAAGAGGAGCCCAAAGAAGAUGGGGAGGAGUUUGAGGAUCUCUCUGCUAUGCUGGAACAUCUGGGCCUGUCUGAGUACAAGGGUACCUUUGACGAAGAGAAGAUCGACAUUGAAUCUUUUCUCAUGUGCACUAUCGAGGACUUGAAGGAGAUGGGGAUCCCGCUGGGUCCGAGAAAAAAGAUUUCUAAGUUUGUCAAAGAAAGGGUGACUAAGCAGGCAGCUCAGGAGAAGAAAGCUGAGGUCAAGGAGGUCAGUCAAGCUGUGGCGCUCCCACAAGCAGCAGCUGAAGUUCUCCCUGAUCCCAUUGCAAAGAAGCUUCCAGUGGGCAACACCGUCUCCUCCAUCCACGUCAACUACAAUUACUUUGAAGUUGGCACUGGACAGGUGUCAGUGGUCUAUCAUGCUCUGGACUUUGAACCAAUGAAUUUCUUUGCCUUGGGUUCUCCGAUUGGGAUGUUCCUGACAGUCAGAGGCCUGGAGAAGAUCGAAGAGACGUACCAGCUGCCAACAUGCAAGGGAUUCUUCAAUAUUUACCAUCCAUUGGAUCCGGUGGCGUACAGGAUCGAGCCCUUGAUCAUACCAGAUUUGGAACUGAAGCCUGUUUUGGUCCCACAUCACAAAGGAAGGAAAAGGCUUCAUCUUGAGCUGAAGGAGAGUCUCUCCAGGAUGGGUUCUGACCUGAAACAUGGUUUUAUCAGUUCCCUCAGGAGUGCCUGGCAAACACUCAAUGACUUUGCUCGCGCUCACACCUCGUCUGCUCAGCUCCAGGCCGAGUUGGCCAUGGUAGCCAGUCAGAUCGCAGAGGAGGAGAAGCAGCAAGCGCAGGAGGUCACAGAGCACAAGAUCUCAGAGAGCCCCGAGCCAAUGAGAGAAGAAGAGCCUCAGGUGAAAGUCGGGAUGCUGAACGGAGGGAAUCGAAUCGACUACGUCCUGCAGGAGAAGCCCAUAGAGAGUUUUAAUGAAUACCUGUUUGCCCUCCAGAGCCAUCUCUGCUACUGGGAAUCUGAGGACACGGCCCUGCUUAUUCUCAAAGAGAUCUACAAGACCAUGGGCAUCCAUCCAGAGCAGUUUGUACAUUAAUAAAGUGAAGUACCUGAGAUGAAAAUGAGCCUGUCUGAAAUUUUGCCAUUUCCUGGA